AUGGCUUUUCUAACAAACAAACGAGCCUCCUCUUCUUCUAUCACCUACCAAUACAAAUAUGAUGUGUUCUUGAGUUUCAGAGGGGAUGAUACCCGCAUGGAUUUUACGAGCCAUUUGAAUGGCUUUUUGAAGCUAAAGGGUAUUCAUACCUUUAUUGAUGAUGAACUCCCAAGGGGAGAAGAAAUUUCUAUUGAACUUCUCGAAGCUAUUAAAAGUUCAAGGAGUUCCAUAAUUGUAUUCUCUGAGAACUAUGCAUCUUCUACCUGGUGCUUGGAUGAACUUGUCGAAAUUCUUGAGUGUAAGAAGAGUGGACAAAUGGUCCUACCGGUGUUUUAUAAGGUGGAUCCCUCGGAAGUACGUAACCAAAAAGGAAAAUUUGGAGAAGCUUUAGCAAAACAUGAAGUAAAUAAUAUAAAGAAGGUGCAAAGAUGGAGGGAAGCUCUAAACAAAGCUGGUAGCAUAUCUGGUUUAACCUACAAGGACGGCUGCUCUCAAUUUGAAUUUAUUGAAGAAAUUUUUGAAGAGAUCUCAAGUGCUCAAUUAAAUCACAUGAAAUUAUCUGUUGCAAAAUAUCUUGUUGGAAUAGACACUCGUGUAAAUGACGUCAUAAAUCGGUGUUUAGAUAUUAAAUCAAAUGAUGUCCGCAUUGUAGGGAUCUUUGGCCUUCCUGGAGUGGGUAAGACAACAAUUGCAAAAGUUAUUUUUAACAAAAUUCAUUAUUGUUUUGAUGGAAGCAGCUUUCUAGAUAAUGUUAGUGAAAAAUCAAGGACAAUUGAUGGCUUAAUUAAAUUACAAGAGAGCCUUUGUAAUGACAUCUUAGGGUAUCAAAAUUUGAAGGUGGGGAGUAUAUCUAAAGGGAUCAAUGUGACAAUUGAAAGGCUUCAUCGUAAAAGGAUUCUUAUAGUUCUUGAUAAUGUUGAAAAUUUGGAUGAGAUAGAAUUUUUUAGUGAAAAUUAUGAUCGGUUUACUUCUGGAAGUAGAAUCAUUAUAACCACAAGAGACAAACACUUGCUUGAUAUUCUUAUAAAAAAUAAUACUGUAAUGUACUAUGAGGUGAAGGAGUUAAAUAAACAUGAAGCUCAUAAACUCUUUUGUCAAGAGGCCUUUGGAAGAAUCAAUUUUAAGGAAGAUUAUUCAGAACUGGUCAACAAAUUUAUAGAUUAUGCCAAAGGUCUUCCACUAGUUCUAAAAAUAAUUGGUGCAGAUUUGUAUGGAAGAACUAAACAUGAAUGGAAAAGUGCGUUAGACAAAUACAAAAGAAUUCCCAAGGGAGACAUUCAAAAAAUACUCAAAAUAAGCUAUGAUGGAUUGGACCAAACUCAACAGGAAAUUUUUCUUGAUAUUGCUUAUUUUCUUAAAGGAUUCUGCAAAGAUAAAGUUGUAGAUAUAGUAAGAAGCAUCAAUAACCAUGAUCCAUAUUAUGAUAUUGAAAGACUUAUUGAUAAGUAUCUUAUAAUUGUUACUGAAGAUAACAAAUUAUCGAUGCAUGACUUGAUUCAACAAAUGGGUUGGGAAAUUGUUCGACAAGAAUCACCAGAAGUGAUCGAGAAGCGUAGUAGGCUAUUGUGUUAUGAGGAUGCUCCUGAAAUACUAAUUGAAAAUACGGGGUCAAAUGAAAUUCGAGGCAUAACACUAUGCUUGCCUGAACCAAAAAAGGUGAAGUUGAAUCUUGGAAAGAUGAAGAAUCUCAAAUAUUUGAUAGUUUGCAAUGUAAUUUGUGAAGACCUUAAAUCUCUUCCCAAUAGGUUGAGGUUACUUGAAUGGAAUGAAUUUCCUUUAUCUUCCUUACCAUCCACCUUUGAACCUAAAAACCUCGUUGUACUCAAGAUGCGACGAAGCCACAUAAAAUUGGACGAGCAUUUUGAGGUAUGA